AUGGGAAAAGCUUCUUCAAAAUGGGUUAAAGGGUUGUUACAUAUGAAAAAAAAUAUGGACAAAGAAAAUGAUAAGAAAACAACAAGCAGCUGCUUAACAGAAGUUAAGCCCAGCAUAAUGACACCAUUACUGCAGGUGGUUAGUAGUAACAAUAUUAGUCCUCCAACAACUAAUGAUGAUCCCACUAAUUACAUAUUACCCACACCAGAAAAAGAACAUGCAGUUGCUGUUGUGGAUGCUGCAUUGGCUGUCGCCGAAGCUGCCGUGGCUGUAGUCAGACUCACCAGCAGCCACGGCAAAGCAACACUUUUUGAUCUUAGUGCUGGCAGCGAAAGAUGGGCCGCCGCUCUCAAGAUUCAAACAGUCUUCAGAGCUUAUUUAGCAAGAAAGGCUUUAAGAGCUUUAAAAGGGCUGGUGAAAUUCCAGGCUCUUGUUAAGGGAUUUCUUGUUAGGAAAAGAGCAGCUGCAACUAUAUACAGUAUGCAAGCUCUCCUUAGAGCUCAGGCUGCUAUUCUGUCCCAACGGGCUCGCCGCUCUUUCACAGAUCAUCGUGUAAUUACCCGUCAUCGCAAAUCCACUGCAGGAAAGACUCUAAGAGCUUUAAAAGGGCUGGUGAAAUUCCAGGCUCUUGUUAGGGGAUUCCUUGUUAGGAAAAGAGCAGCUGCAACUCUAUACAGUAUUCAAGCUCUCUUUAGAGCUCAGACUGCUAUUUUGUCCCAACGGGCUCGCUGCUCUUUCAUAGAUCAUCGAGUAACCCGUCAUCGCAAAUCCAUUGAGAUGAGGUUUGAUCAAGAGACUUGUUCUCGUUUUGCAAAGUCGAACCGGUUAAUUGCUCCCACUACACGUGCGCAAAGUGUAUGCGGGGAAGGGUAUUUUAGGCCUUAUACGAACAACCAUCCAAGUUACAUGGCGAACACACAAGUCAUUUUCGGCGAAACAAAGGUGUCGUAG